GCUGCAGUCGUUUGGCAGCCACUUCUUGAAUCCCAUUUCUGCUUCUUUGGCUUUUCUAGGGUGAAGACGGCAUAGUUUGCAUGCAUAGCGUACGACGGGCAUGGAGCGCUGGGCAAAAUCUGAUAGAAGUUGCUGAUGAAUACGCAUUUCACGAUCUACCACCUCACUCCCAACCUCAAAGACUCAUUCGCUGUCAUCAAUGAAAUUACAUCUGCACACGACAAAUCGGAUGCAGGUUUCUCAUGCAUAAUCUUGGAUAAUCAGCAACACCCAGUCUUGCAUGUGACGACGCCAAGUUGUGUAACGAGCUCAUCUCAGGUACACCCUGUGAACUCGCUCGUUCUCACACGAGGUACCUAUUCCUUUCGCUCAGGUGCGGCUCGUCCUGCACAUCACGAUGUUGCACCAGGGCUGACUUACAGUAUGGGACAGAGCGCAGGUGCGAGUCAGCAAAUUAAGGCGAUGCCGGUGUCGGCCUUCUCUGCUGGUGAUGAUGUUGCAACGCUGUGGGCUGUUGAGGUGAAUCUUGUGGUUCAAGGUGCGACCUUCUUGGUUGCUGGACACAUGGCAAAAGACAACGUGGUGUUCAGCGAGAUGAUCGGCAACAUGAGGGUUUGCAGGUGGUUGUACCCCACACUUGAACGUGCCCCCCAUGUCGGAAGGAUGCCGAUCUGUCGCCUUUAUCGCAGCUUUGUCCCCACCUCGCAUCAAUCUGCACAAAUCGGAAACAAUAUCAUUUCGCCAACGUCCAAAACGCCUUGCUCGAGCAAGGUCUGCUGCUGCAUGCGCCGACUUGUCGUAUGGCGCUCUGCAUGCAUGCGUUGCAUCGAAGUAUCCGCUCCCCCCGCUCCCUCAACGGUGUUCUCAGCUUGAGGCUCCAGCGCGGCGCAUGGCAUUCUCCAACCCCCAUAUAAGAUCUCGUACCCGGACCCCUGGGAUAUUACCGUCGCUUGAUCUGCAUUUGACCCUUGCAGGCUGACCCACCGCUAUUCAAAUCGCAAAACAUGCCUAGACCUAAGGUACCAGGCGUCGUUCCGAAGAAGAGAUCUCGCUACGGAUGCUGGCCGUGUAAAGCGCGCAAGGUCAAAUGGUGACUAUGCUUGUUGGACGUGUAAC